CUACACGUAAUAGUUCACCAGCUUUUCCUCCCACAAUCCAUUGAGCUCCACCAUCCAGUCAUGGCCGAUACUAAAGACAAGGGACUGCAGGAUUAUCGGAAAAAAUUACUUGAACAUAAGGAGAUUGAUGGCCGUUUAAAAGAGUUGAGGGAGCAACUAAAGGAACAGACAAAGCAGUAUGACAAAUCUGAAAAUGACCUGAAGGCCCUCCAAAGUGUUGGUCAGAUUGUUGGUGAGGUACUUAAACAGCUGACAGAAGAGAAAUUCAUUGUAAAGGCAACCAAUGGUCCUCGCUAUGUUGUUGGCUGUCGGAGACAAUUGGAUAAAUCACAACUCAAACCUGGCACCAGAGUGGCAUUGGACAUGACAACACUCACUAUUAUGAGAUAUUUGCCCAGAGAGGUGGACCCUCUUGUAUACAACAUGUCCCAUGAAGACCCCGGAAGUGUCUCAUACUCUGAAAUCGGGGGCUUGUCUGAACAGAUUCGUGAGCUGAGAGAGGUGAUUGAGUUGCCCUUGACAAAUCCGGAACUAUUCCUGAGGGUGGGGAUCAUUCCCCCAAAGGGCUGCCUGCUCUAUGGACCUCCAGGCACUGGGAAAACUCUCCUUGCCAGAGCUGUGGCCAGUCAACUGGACUGCAAUUUUCUCAAGGUGGUGUCUAGCUCCAUAGUGGACAAGUACAUCGGUGAGAGUGCCAGGCUGAUUAGAGAGAUGUUCAACUAUGCCAGGGACCAUCAGCCUUGCAUCAUCUUCAUGGACGAGAUUGAUGCCAUCGGUGGUCGUCGCUUCUCUGAGGGAACAUCUGCGGACAGGGAGAUCCAGAGGACGCUGAUGGAGCUGCUGAACCAAAUGGAUGGCUUUGACACCCUACACAGAGUAAAGAUGAUUAUGGCCACCAACCGGCCUGACACACUGGACCCUGCGCUGCUGCGUCCCGGAAGAUUGGACCGCAAAAUCCACAUCGAGCUCCCCAAUGAGCAGGCCCGUCUGGACAUCAUGAAGAUUCACUCAGGUCCUAUCACCAAGCAUGGAGAAAUAGAUUAUGAAGCAAUUGUAAAGCUCUCUGAUGGCUUCAAUGGUGCUGAUUUGAGGAACGUUUGCACUGAAGCAGGGAUGUUUGCCAUCCGUGCUGAUAAUGAAUUUGUCACUCAAGAGGACUUCAUGAAAGCAGUGCGCAAGGUGGCAGAUUCAAAGAAGCUGGAAUCCAAGCUUGACUAUAAGCCCUUAUAACACCUAUAAAUGUGCUUGCGUGUAAAUGUAGUUGGGAGAGUUAAGGGAGGAUUUGCUGUUGCUCGGUUGUAUUCUAUGAUUAUAUAAAGAGACCACCAUCAGUAAAAACGUUGUAUUUUUUUGUAUGAUUCAGAAAGCUUUGUUUUGGGAGAAUCAGAUCCUGCAUCUGUUAUUUUAUAGGACUAUUUCUAUACAGUGUUGCCCAUAAGUGACCUCAGCAAUUGAAAACGGGAAUGCAUUCUGAUGUUUUACUUACGGUAAAUGUUCAGUUGGUUGAAUUUGAUCACAAAUACUCAUGCCUAUAAAGGAGCAAUAUAUGUACAAGCAUAUAAAUGGAGAUAUGUCACAUUAAAGUCUUUGAUGUACAAUACAAAUAGUU